AGGUCAUUUCCUGAAGGUAUCGAUAUCUACUUCGAGAAUGUUGGUGGUCCAAUGCUGGAUGCUGUUCUUAGUAACAUGAGGAAACAUGGUCGGAUCGCAAUGUGUGGAAUGAUUUCUCAAUACAACCUUGACAAACCUGAGGGUGUGCACAACUUGUUCUACCUCAUUGCAAAGAGCAUCAGAAUGGAAGGUUUCCUGGUAUCAGAUUUUAUUCAUAAAUAUCCUCAGUUUGAGGAGAUAACUGCCCAGUAUGUGAAGGAUGGGAAGAUUAAUUAUGUAGAGGAUAAAGUUGUAGGACUUGAGAAUGCUCCAGCAGCACUGGUGGGGCUCUUUGCAGGCCACAAUGUUGGUAGACAAUUGGUUGUAGUAUCUCAUGAAUGAACAGUUGUCAGUAUCAGACUACUUUAAACCUUCCGAAAGUAAACAUUUGCACCUUUCCAGUAGAUUAUGUUGUGCCUCUAUGAAAGACUGAAUGUUAUAUGUGGAAUUGCUAUGAUUUCAUAUUUUGUUUA